AUGGGGUUCUCAGGAGUUCUGCCAAUUCUGGUACCAUUCAUCAUCUUGGGGGGUGUCCAGGAACCUGGGCUGCCAGAGGCGUUCUUUCACAGCAUGUGUCCCCGAAUCAGAGUAAGAUGUGAAAUAGAAGAAAGAAACUUGUGUACGAAGAGCAGACAAUGUCCAGAGAAGAUGAAGUGUUGCAGGUUUAGCUGUGGAAAGAAAUGUGUAGAUGUCAAUCAAGGAUGGCACCAGCUCUGGGUCUCUCUCUCGCUCCUCCUGCUCUUCACCUUCUGCCAAGAGCUUCGAUCAGAAUUAGUACAAGAUUGGCUACUCCCAGAGGUGAAAAUCUCAACUUCUGUGCAGAUGGAGAAGGCCCUGGCUGGACCCCUGGCAUAUGGGACUAACAAGGGGAAGGAAGGCGACGGGGCCUCUCUCAACCACUUUCCCUCUUUAGGCAAAGCUGUCUCUGCAAAUGUAUGCAAACUUCCUAUGGAAAAUGGCCUUUGUCGAGGCUCAGUCCUGCGCUGGUUUUACAACUGGAGAACUUAUGAAUGUGAGCUUUUUUAUUAUGGAGUUUGUAAUGGCAAUGGCAAAAACUUUUUGAGGAAAGAAGCAUGUCAGAAAGCCUUGUAA